AUGGAUCCUAGAGCAUUUACCAUCCCAUGUACUAUUGGAUCGUUGGAUUUUAAAAAGGCCCUAUGUGAUCUUGGAGAAAGUAUUAAUCUGAUGCCACUAGCAGUUUAUAAAAAAUUAGGUUUGGGAGACCCUACACCUACUAACAUGAGGCUUGUGAUAGUAGACAAAUCAGUGAAACCGCCCGUUGUUGUAUUAUCUAAUGUGCUUGUGAAGGUGGCCAGCUUUAUCUUUCCUGCUGACGUUGUGAUCCUGGAUUGUGAGCAACACAAAGAUAUAAGUGUAUUCUCCAUUGUUGAUGUUUAUUAUGAAGAUGAGGAAGAGGUGCUGAUCGAGGAGAAAUUUGUUGUUGAAACUUUGGUUGUGGUCCUGAUAAACUUUGAUAACGAAGGUAUCGAAGAAUAUAAGGAGACAGAUGUGCCUUGA